AGAGCCAUUCCAUGCAGGCAGCGAACCGGGCCGCAGCGACAUUGGACUGGCUUGUAUACCCAGUGGUUGUGUGUCCGGACGGGUUGAGUGUCCGGACACAUGACUUUUACUCUCAAUUUUGAAAAGCUUACAAGCAAUGUCUUUAAUUCUUUUUAGCACAGAAUAUAAGAAAAUAUUAUAAAGAACAAAUAUUGAUGGUGAAAAUAAACUAUUCAACCUAUAUUUUGGGUUUAUUCCUGAGAUAAAAACAAGGCUUCAUUUCAGUUACGUGUCCGGACACCCAACCCCCCAUCCUACUUGUUCCAUGCAAACUCCAGCCAUAUUCGCUGAUUGCUGCCCUCUACGUUCCGUAUGUGUAUAAGCGAAUUGACUGCGAAAAAUAACGGUAUGUGUUGGACUCAAUGGACUGUGACUGUGUGGUAAAUAUCUUCAUAAUAUCAGACUACUGGAAGUGAUAAGCGGUUUUUCAUCUUUUAGUUUACAUCGUAUGAGUACAUAGGUCCUAGAUCAUACAAGGGAAAUGACAGGCAUGGAAUUGGACCCAAUUUUCACAAAGGCGUUGGCCCUCUUGCGGUCUAGGAGCAAGGACUCGACCGACCAAUUGAAACAGAUGUUAGAUGAUGUACUUGGCAAGACCUCAGGAAAGCUGAGCAGUAAGCCUGCUUCUCCGUCAGUGACUGCAUCAAGGACUGAGAUUCCUACCAAGAAAACAACUGUGAAGAGACCUGCUGAAAAGUCAAGUUUUGGAGCGGCUCUUUCCAGUGGCGACACUGGCGUUGUUGCGAAGAAACCAAAGAUAGAGGCAGAGGUCCGGCAGUCCAAGAUUCAACCACGGAAACCGGUGAUCGAUGAUGACGAUGAUGACGACCACGACCAGUCUGUGGAGGAGGAUGACGAAGAUGACACGGACGAUGAUCAGACGGAGGAGAAAGAAGAGAAAACAAGUCAGAGCAGCGAGGAAGAAGAUGAUGAGAGGGGAUCGAGGAAGGCGGAAGAGAAGCUGGGAGCCUCUGUCGGCGAUGAUGACGAAAUGUGGCUGGGUUUAGCCUGUGUGGUGUGUAAGGAUCUGGAUAUAUCAGCUGGUAACACACUGAUUGAAUGUCAAGAAUGCCAUAAUCUUUAUCAUCAGAAAUGCCAUACCCCGCCUGUCACUGAUGCAGAUCCUAACGACCCUAGACUGGUCUGGUAUUGCGCAAAGUGUAAACGCAACAUGAAGAAACUGGUUGCUAAGAAACCAACGAACCUCCCUGAGACGGUCAUUACCAGUGGUUUGUCUUCGUCAUCAUCCUCCUCGUCAUCGUCGUCAACAUCGGGGAAAGAGCACGAUAAGAACCAGGAUCAAACAAGUCCCAUGAAUCUAUUCAGAAGAGCUGACCCUAAGCCCUCCCCAACCUCAACAUCCAGUGGCCAGCAACCAUUUGGCGGUUUAGCGAGCUACGCCGCUAAUCUCACAAAUCGACAAAAUUCCUCAUCGUCCAAAUCCUCUGCCUCUGGAUCCAGUCGCAUCAUAACGAGUACCGGAGCUAAAAUAGCGCCCUCAUCCAUUACCAGUCGGAGCUCGAGCACCUCCGGUACGACGACCACCAUGAGCGGGAAGCUCCUGAAGCCGCAAUCUGUGCAGCGGUCGACGUCCGUCUUGCAGUCGGGUAAGUGGCCGAGCGCACCCUCUGGGAUGUCCGCGACUGCGAAGACGACAUCGAGCAGUUCGGCGUCGGGGAAGGCACUGCCGCAAACGAGCACGGCAUCAGCCAUGAAGAGACUGCAUAUGAUGAAAAAGAAAGCUUCGAAACGAUAGCGUUCUGGUACUAAGUCCAUCCUCUGGGAUGUCUGCGAAAGUAAAGAUAAUGGUGAACACUUUAGCGGCAGGGGGGAAGGCUCUUCUUCUUCCGUUGAGUACAGUCCUCUUUACAGAGUAUAGUCGUACUUGGCUGAGGCCGCAAUCACAAAAACACAUGACAUUUGGUGCAGUUGAACAAAACUGAACUAUAGUGCAAGUAAAAAGAUGCAUCUCAACUGGAGAGCUAACGGAGGGUGAGUGGUUCCAGGUGGCUUCUGAAAGAAGGCUCUGCUGCAUACAAUUGCAGCAUCGGCAAUGAAGAGAGUAUAUACAAUAAAAACUCAAAGCAAUGAAAUGUUCUGGAGCCUCGUGCAUCCUCAGUGAUGUUUUCGACAACAAAAGCAACAUCAAGUAAUUCAGCAUUGCGGACGGCACUGCUAUGAGUAUGGCUUUGUCCAUGCAAAGACUACAUUCAAAUGCUGGAGAUUUUUCCAAUGUAUUUGUUUCAAAUUAUGUACGAUUUGAAGAAUUAAUAACUUUUUGAGGGGUGAAAGAUUGUUAUAGACCUGUAUUUGUGAUUGUAUGAUAUAUUUCUUCUGAGAAAGACCUUUGAUGAUAGACUUGAAUUCGUUGUUGUAUAGAUUAUUUUUUCGGAGAAAAAUUAGAUAGAAACAUCGGAAGAAUGUAACAUUGGAAGAUCAUUAAUUGUAGACCGGUGUUUGUUAUUGUAUGGAUUUAUUUCAUCUGAGAAAAUGAAAUAAACAUUGGAAGAAUAUGAAUAUACAAUCGGAUGUGUUAAAUUUUUGAAAUAAAGAUAUAACUUUGAUUGUGGCGAAGAACAAGAGAAAAUUACCGAAAGAGAGAAAGUGGAGUUUACCUCCCACACCACCCUUUGGCCCCCAUCAAAGAGUUACGAUUGACCCGAUUAACCACAACUAGAAAGCCAGCAACGUCAACAUCUAAAAUGGACAUAUAUUUUCUAGAUAGGAUGUAUAUUCAUCAUUCUCUUGAUGAUUCAGUGUGAUUCGUUUUGUUUACUAAGGAGAUCGUGCAAAUUUACUGUAGAAAAAAUUAUGGUAUGGAUGGAUUUCCAUACAGUUGAGAUUGAUCAAUCGUAACUCUAUGUAAGACGCGGCCCUGGUUCUUUGAGCAGUUAAUGUGAAAAUUUCUCAAACUUAGAUGAAACACGUGUGUAUUCGUGCUAAACUUUUAUUUGUCCUCAAUAACCCUGAAACUCACCACAAUAUAGGAUGAAAAACAUAUAUCAUAUUUAUCAUUUAGAUAUAAAUGUCUCCAAGAUGCAUAAAAUUUAGUUUAUGCCCAGUUUUCUCAAAUUCAGUAAGUCUAGUAGCUGUGCUGUCUGUCUUUGAACUGUUUUAUGUAACUCCAAUACACACGUACGUGAAUCCCUCCAACUCAGCGUAAAAAGUGGGCGGAGCUAAAUCGGAUUUUCGCGCCUAGCAACCCCUGUUAGCAUCGUUUUGGGCUUUUAUAAUGGCUGGCUCCGCUGAGUUGAUACAUAACCUAUAGGCGGUUCACGUACGUGUACACAGAGUAUUAUUAGCUUCACGGUACAUUCAGGGUACACUGCACACACUGUACAUAAGACAUGCUGGGUUCAUCCAUAGAGUUGAGUUGUAGUACAGGGCCCCAUCUCACAAAGAGUUACGAUUGAUCCAAUUAAUCCUAACUCUAUGGAAAUCCAUCAGUGUCAUAAUUUUUUCUACAGGAAAUUUGCAAAAUGUCCUUUGUAAACAAAGGAGAUCACACCAAAUUGUCAAGUCAAUGAAUUUAUGGAUAUACAUUCAUAUCUAGAAUCUUUUUUUUAAAUAAACAUGCAUUUUAUAUUUUGACUUUGCUGGCUUUCCAUAGUUGCACGGAUCCAUGAUUGGAUCAAUCGCAACUCUUUGUGAGACAGGGCCCAGAUCGCUCCUUACUCAAGGUCAAUGAAACUAACUCUCAUUCACUUUCACACUUUGGUGUACAUCUCCAAUGUUUUAAACUACAUCUUGUAUGAUACUCUGAACCUUUUGGACUGGUACUUUUACACUUUAGACCAUAGUCUGGGGUCUGGUUCAAGCUGAAAUUAUGGGAAGCCAAAUGUCAAAAUUUUGUUUACAUAGCAUGCAUCUCAUGUUUACUGUGCUUCUCGUAAUUCUUUAAUUGUGAAGACAUCUGUCUGAUAUCUUCCCCAGACAAUAAAGAAUGAUUGGAGAGUCAAAUUAGCUGAUACAUUUAUCCUCUAUUUAAUACAGAUCUGUGUCGCAGUUGGCUAUCCAUAUUUAAUCCGCAACUUUUGAGCAGAAUUUAUUACUGCGGCUUUUCAUAAUUCUUUGUGAAGACAUCUUACUGAUAUCUUCCCCAGACAAUAAAGAAUGAUUGCAGAGUCAAA